UUUUAAUGGUGGUUAAAGAGAAAAAGAGAGAAAUCGAGCACCUCUCGGCUUCCCAAACCCUUCUCGAUUUGACUUUUUCGAUCUCUUUCUUCGAUUCGAUCGGCCAUGAAAACAUCUCUCUUGCUCCGGAGCGGCGGCGGCGGCGGCGUGCCGAUCCACUUCUCGAUCCGAUCACUGAAAGGUAUCAGAUGGAACAGGACCUUCACCUUCUCUCCGCGAUCGGCUUCACAGGGAGAGAAGAAAGGUAACAACAUCCAGAUCGAUUCGGAACAUCUCCGGAGAGCCAGAUCUGACACCGAUCUGGCCGGAUCGGCUCGCGUUAUCGCUCUUGCGUCGUUCCCCGGGACGGUAGUGGGGGAGGAUGAGGAGGAGAGGUUGGAGAUGGAAUUCGGCGGCGGGUUUGGUUCCGGUAAGCAGACAAGAACCCGCGGCCGUGGUGGUGGCGGCGGUGGAGAUCAGAGCCAGAACGAGAUCGUUUCCGAAUACUAUAAAUCGAUGCUAAGCUCCGAUCCUAACAACACCUUGCUUCUCAGGAAUUACGGCCAGUUCUUGCACGAGGUAAUAGGGGAUUUUGGUGAGGCGGAGAAGUACUAUUCGAGAGCAAUAGUAUUGAGUCCUCGGGAUGGUGAUUUGCUCUCGUUGUACGCUAAGCUUUUGUGGGAUGAGGGAGAGAAGACGAAGGCCGGCCAUUACUAUGACCUUGCUGCCAAAGCCUCUCCUGAUGAUCGUUUUGUGCUUGGGGCGCAAGCUUAUUUCUUAUGGAGCUUGGAUGAGGAUGAGGAUGAAGUUGGCGUUGAGAACACUGCUGAGUUUCUACAGGGUUGAAGUCUCUCCGAUCAUGAGAUGAGAUCCUCCUUGGUUUCUUUUUCCCCCCGCUUUAAUCGUGAUGCACAUAAGCUGCUGCUGCUGCUGCUUUUUGAUAUUUAACUAUGUUUCAUGUUUAAUUUAGGUUGACCUACUACUCUAAUUUUCACUAAAUAAAAAUAUAUAAAUAUAUGUACAAAUAUUUAAAUUAAAAAUAAAAGAUAAAUAAAAUAAAUACAUAA